GCGGCUCCCGGGAACGUCCCGCUGGCGGCGGCGCCGCUCGCUCGGAAGCUCCGUCGGUCGCUCGGAAGCUCCGUCGGUCGGUCGGUCGGAGGCUCCGUCGGUCGGUCCUCGCGUCCCGUCGCGUCCCGUCGCGUCCCGUCCCGUCCCGUCCCGUCCCGGCAGCUGCUCCCCGUGCGCCGCGGCCGCCCCGUCGUGUCCCGUCCCAUCUCUCAGCUCCGCACCCGCCAGCAACAUGUGGCUCCUGGAGCGGCUGCGCGGGGUGGCUGAGAACGGCGGGGCCCGGGGUGCGGGACCAGAGGAUUCUCCGCGGGGGUCCCGCUACAGCAACGUCCUCACCCCCGACAAGAUCCCCGAUUUCUUCAUCCCUCCCAAGCUGAGCGCGGCCCCCGCCGAAGCCGAGGGCUCCGAGCCCCCCGCAGCUCCCUCCCUGGCUCCCUCAGCCUCGGAGCAGGAUUUGGCCGGGCGCAAAGCCCCGCGCAGCCCCCGCCCCAGCAGCCGGCCCCGGCCCCGCGCCGCCAGCCGCCACAUCAUCCAGAUCGAAAGCGCCGAGGACUGGACGGCCGAAGGGACGUUCGGUACUAACGUGGACCCCCAGGCACAGACGGCGAUGUCGCUCCCCUACGUCCCCAAGGCACAGACCUCCUACGGCUUCGCCACGCUGGUGGAGAGCCCCCACACCCGCCGCAAGGAAUCCCUGUUCCACAGCGAGCACAGCAGCCUCUGCCCUUCUCCUGCCACCUCUCCCGGUGCUCAGCGCAGGGCUAAAGUGAACGGGGAGGGGGGCAGGAGGACACCCACGGACCUGGGGGCAGCGCUGAUGCACCCCGGCCGCUAUUUCAGCGGCGGCGAAAGCGACACGUGCUCGUCAGCCGAGUCGUCGCCCUUCGGCUCCCCGCUGCUGUCCCGCUCCGUGUCCCUGCUCAAGAUCUUCAGCCAGGAAAGCCAGUCCAAAGUGAUCAAGCUGAAGCACUCGGUAGCCCGCAACAGCUCUUUAUCCACCGAUGACAGCUCAGCCGACACCAGCCCCAGCGCUCAACGCCGGGCUAGGAGCACCUCGGCUGGGGGGCAACCCCCUGCUGCUCUCUUACCCUUAGAUCUGCCUCAGAGCCGUGACCAGGAGCACAGCCUGAGGCUCAGCAGGGGUGGGAACCUGCGUUUGGGAGCUGAAUACGACCCAUCCAACGCUCGGCUGCGGGUGAGGCUCAUCUCAGCCGAGGAGCUUUACGAUGCUCUGGUCGACGUGCGAAGCAUCAACUGCUGCGUGUCCUUGUGCCUCAACCCCGGGAAGCUGCAGAAGCAGCGCAGCACCAUCAUCAAGAACAGCAGGAAUCCCAUCUUCAACGAGGACUUCUUCUUUGAUGGCUUGGGUCCUGGUCAUGCCAGGAAGAUGUCCUUGAAGCUGAAGGUGGUCAAUAAGGGCAGCAGCCUGAAGCGGGACACGCUGCUAGGGGAGAAGGAGGUGCCACUCACUGCCCUCCUGGCCUGCCUCUAGGAGCCAGCUGCCUGCUUCUGGG